GAGAAUUCAUCCCAGCCGCCCACUCAGCCUUCGCCACGGUGCUCACACCGCCGUUGGGGUGGGCCGUUGUGAGCUGAGAGCGCUCGACAGGGGUCGCCACGAUCCUCUCCACCUCUCGACUGAUCGCAAGCUCUUGGUUUCACCUGCCUGACCAGGCUCACCUGCUUUUCAAUCGCCUGGCCAUGAGCAGGAUCAUUUGGUCGCCAAUAACCAACUGGCCAUAUGGGAGAAUUUCUUUUCAGCACUGAACAGCUUCUUCCAAAAGUGUCAUACACCGAAGCGGGGUGGGGGUUUGUGGAAAACAAACUGUGGCGUGGUGGAACGCGGAAAGACAGCUCCCCUGCCGUCAUAUGCGCAUUAUGCUUUGUCCUCCCCGACCAAUGACGCCCAAGGUGUCAUCCGACACAGCCUGGUGAAUAAGCUCAUCAACACGAUGACCACCCAACACGAUAUCCCACCGACUGUUGAGCUUAGAGCUUUAGUGUCAAAGGGAAAGUUGAGGGUGUGGAACCGUGUUCGAGUGUUGAAUGGUGGCGAUUCCAUUCGUGUGUCGAGGAUGGAUACAGCUGAGGAGGACAGGAGGUGUGCCUCCUUUGUCUCGUAUAUGGUGUCUAUCGACCGGAAUAGGCGACAUCCAACCAGGCAUGUAGAGUUCGAGGACCACCUAUGUUAUGGUGAGCUCCUGAACUUGAUCACCAUUGAUCUUCCCCACCACCCGAAAUCCUACAACACCCCUCCUGUUACUCUCGCCUUCGCCCACAUCAAACCAGCGUUGUCACAUAAGCACCGUAUUGGCAGCCAUGAAUGGAGCUAUUAUAAAGAGUGCCAGGCGGAGGAAGGAUCUGGCCUCUGUCAAUCAGCUGGUUGGAAGGGUUAAGAGUAUCUCAAAACCUGGCACCACCUAUACGCCGCGUGUCUUUGGUGUAAGGUAAACUGGAUGAAAGGUAC